CUGCUGCUGGAGUCGCUAUGGUGACGGGGUUGUAGCUCGCGGGGCUGUGAUGGGUUGACAGGUGUGUGACCGUCGGCGCUCUCUGUAAGCAUGUACACCAAAGGCAAGAGUAGCAGCGUGCCGUCCGACAGCCAAGCCAGGGAAAAAUUAGCUCUGUAUGUGUAUGAAUACCUGCUACAUGUUGGGGCCCAGAAGUCUGCACAGACCUUCCUCUCUGAGAUUCGUUGGGAGAAGAACAUCACACUAGGCGAGCCUCCUGGAUUCCUUCACUCCUGGUGGUGCGUGUUCUGGGACCUGUACUGUGCAGCACCUGAAAGGAGAGAGACAUGCGAACACUCCAGCGAGGCCAAGGCCUUCCAGGAUUACAGUGCUGCGGCAGCUUCCAGCCCCGUCAUCGGGAACAUGCCCCCAGGAGAGGGCAUGCCAGUGGGACCCAUACCUCCGGGAUUCUUCCAGGGCUCUCCUGGCUCACAGUUAUCACCUCAUUCACAGCUUCCAUCACAUAACCACAUGAUGGGCCCCCAUACACAGCCUUUCAUGUCGCCGAGGUACCCAGGUGGGCCCAGAACUCCCCUCAGAAUACCCAAUCAGGCAUUGGGUCCUGGAAACCAGUCCUUAUUACCAAGUGGAAUGGACCCAAGACAAGGUCAUCCACAUAUGGGUGGACCAAUGCAGAGAAUGGUUCCUCCCAGAGGGAUGGUCCCCAUAGGUCCUCAGGGCUAUGGCGGAGGAAUGAGACCCCCUCUCAGUGCUCUGGUUGGGCCCGGAAUGCCUGGAAUGAAUAUGGGUCCUGCUGGAGGAAGGCCUUGGCCCAACCCCCCUAAUGCCAACUCAAUCCCCUACUCGUCAGCCUCUCCAGGGAGUUAUGUGGGACCACCUGGAGGAGGGGGACCCCCUGGUACACCCAUAAUACCAAGUCCAGCAGAAUCGACCAACUCUGGAGACAACAUGUACACCAUCAUCAGCACAGGCCCCCCGGGGGGGAACAGGCCCAAUUUCCCUAUGGGCCCUGGAGCUGAAGGGCCUAUGGGCAGCAUCACAGGGAUGGAGCCCCACCACAUGAAUGGAACACUGGGAUCUGGUGACAUUGACAGUCUGCCCAAGAACUCUCCCGGGACCUUGAGCAUGAGUAAUCAGCCAGGCACCCCACGAGAUGACGGAGAGAUGGGAGGGAACUUCCUGAACCCCUUCCAGAGUGAGAGUUAUUCUCCUAAUAUGACGAUGAGCGUGUGAGGACUGGAGAGAAGCUGGAAGUCAUCAUUUCCAGGGGGGUGCAGCCGGAGCAAGAUCACUUUUUUCUACAAUUUCUUUGUCCCUGGUAAUGUGGUGACCUUACACAUACAUCUGGACAGCUAAAUGAUUACAGCAAGCCAAAUAAUACUGAUGAAGAGAUGUGAAAAGAGGAAAGAAAAAAAAUAACUUUGUUUCUAUUUGUGUCACUGUGUGUACACACUCCCAUGUCCAUAUGCAAGAUACACCAUCCUCUGCUUUCACCUGGAGGAAAGACUCUAAAGGAUAAACACUAGUUUGUAAGAAAAACAAAUGGAGUUCUCUAGAGACGUAAGAGGCGUACUGGAAUUUCAGUUUGUGUGUUUUUAAAUCCCAGAUCACUGACCAUUUCUCACAUCAAACCAACCAGAUGAAAGAAGACGCAUUUCAGUCAAAUGUAUGGCUAUAUAGAUCUGACUUCAGACUUAUGGCAGGAAAAGAUGGCCACUUAGAAUUCAGUGAAUUGACUGAGCCCAUGCUAUUCUCUCAGUGAUCUUCUCACCACCAUUUUGUCAUCCUAUAUAUGUGUGUGUGUGUGUGUGUGUGUGUGUGUGUGUGUGUGUGUGUGUGUGUUACUCUGUGGGGCAUUCCAGUGUUAUUGGUUUGGUUGUGUGUUGUAUUUCUGCAUUCCUGGUGUCUGUUGUUGCCAAUGCAUUAAUAUGACAAUCAUCAUUUUCUUCACUAUUAAUUAUUAAGUGUUAAUUUCGAUUCCCAGUUUUACAUAGGCUGUAUUUACAUGAGAUGGCUACAAAACAUACAUUCUGUCAGAUAUUAGCAUUGGGAUGUGCUUCUUUAUCGCUCACAAAUGAAAUUUUUUUUUCUAAAUUGUAAACAUGGGAGCUCAGACUCAGAUGAAUCAGGCAACUUGGCAAGCAUAUAUUACAGUGUAGUCACUUGCUUUUUUAUUUGAAUCGUUAGCCUUUCCCAUUCUUUGUUUUUUGUAUUUAUUCAUCACCUCAGCCUCAGACAGUUCUGUUAAAAGUUUAGUUUGUUGUUAUACUCUACAUCUACACUGUUCUUUGUUCAUUUAUUUAUCAAAUAUUAAUUUUCUUUUGCACAGAUGUCAAAAUUGUGCUACUUAAUUGUCUGGAUUUUGUUUGUGGAAUGUAUGCUAUUUUGAAGUUAGAGGGCCUCUUAAUGACUUUGUGUAUAUAUUUUGAAAAGUUUUGGAUGCCAACAUAAAAAGUAUCUUAUUGUGUGUGUACGUUAUUAAAAAAACGAUUUGUGUUAA